AUGGAGCUGGUAUCGGCACUCCAGAUUCCCUACCGGGAGUCGCGAGAUGGGUUCUGGGGCGAGCAAACGUCGACACUGAACUGGUGCGAAGAGGACUACAACAUCUCGUUCUACUGCGCCGAGGUGGUCAAUACCCUCACCAAUCUCGUCUUUAUGUGGCUUGGUGUCAAGGGCCUGCGCAAUGUCGUUGAGUAUUCGCACUCGCCCAUCUUCAUCUUGGUCUACCUGGGGUAUAUAGUAGUUGGUCUUGGCUCCAUGGCCUUCCACACAACGCUCAAGUAUGAGAUGCAGCUUGCCGACGAGCUGCCAAUGAUUUACACCGUCUGCAUCAUGACCUUUGCAACCUUCUCGUACAAAAAGUCCGUGAAGUUGCAAGUUCUGAUCGCAACGACACUCAUCGGGCUAGCUGCCUUCAUCACGAUAUACUAUCUUUAUGCAAAGGACCCGGUCUUCCAUCAGGUAGCAUACGGCCUGAUCACGGUGGGAACCAUUUUCCGCGGCUUUUACGUGAUGGAAUGCAUCUUGAGACCGGCCUUGAAGCGACGAAAUCCGGGCGAAUGCGGUCGCCUCAUGAGACAGAUGUGGAUGCUGGCCCUAACCGGCAUACUGAUGUUCCUGGCCGGGUUCAUAAUCUGGAACAUGGACAACAUCUAUUGCCACAGCUUAACAAGGACCAAAAGGAAGAUAUUGCUCCCGUGGUCAAUGUUACUUGAGGGUCAUGGCUGGUGGCAUAUCCUGACUGGUCUAGCGUACCAUAUGAUUCUGUGGAGGGUGUGGCUGAACCGCUGUCUCGACGGCCGAGAAAAGGAGUUCAUGUUGGACUGGAUGCCGUUGCGGUCCGUCCCGCAGGUUCUGGUGAGGGAGAUUGAGUCCCAGGCCAUCGCCGCACAGCAGCAGAUCGGCCUGGUCCGCACGCAGCUCGGGAGCAAGCAGCGUGAGUUACGGCUGGCCCAGCUUACCCGCAGUGAGAUCUUGUCCUUGCCUCCUGAUACGGCCGUCUACGAGGGGGUUGGGAAGAUGUUUGUCGCGGUGCCCGUUCCGGCGCUUCAGGAGAAACUGGGUUCGCAGAUCAAGGACAUCGAGACAGAAGUGGACGCAAUGGGGAAGAGGCUGCACUAUCUCGAGACCACAGCCAAGAAUAGCCAAGAGCACAUCGAGAAGAUGCUCAAAGGUGGUGGUCAGUGAGUUUGGGUGACCAGGCCUGGAGAUGGGGGUUUCAUCUGGACCGGCCCUGGAAGUGGGAGCCGGGAGCCGGGAGACAAGAGACGGGGAUGAACCGGCGCUGACCAAUGCGGCUUGAUUACCUUACUUUGAAGAUUUCCAUCGGCCUCUCCGGUACUGUACAUACAUACGCCAUGCUCUGAUGUGAAUUCGUUGAAGGAAAUGAUAUUUGACGUUUCGGUGCCAAGGCUCGAUUUGUCCACAAGGGACUUGUUGGAAUUUCACAAUUGUUGCAGAAAUGCACUGCGCCCAAGGCUUCGACGGAUACCGCACAGUAGAUGUGCACUGUGGAG